AUGAUCAUUGGUUACCUGGCUAUUUUCCAAGAAGGGGUCCAUGAUGAGAACCUGGGCUGGACUGUUGUGCUGCAGGAUGGAACAGAGGAGUAUGAGCUGGCAGGGUACGACUAUGUUCUAGAUCUCAUUGCAGAGAUGGAAAUGGCACCUGGAUUCCCUGUCUGCAAAUCAUUCUUUCUUGUAUCAUCAGAUAAAAUGGCGAGCAAUGCUGAGGAAGUGGACAUAUCAUUCUCAGACGUCCCCACCAAGGUUUCUCCACUGUUACAGGUUGGAGUAAGGGGAUAUCCACAUGAUGGCCCCAUAAAGCACACAGAAGUGUCCCAACAGUAUGUUCAUAACUUUGCUCAGUGGCAAGCUGCUGAUAAAGAGUCAGUGCCAGUCCAUGUGUCAGACACCAGCGACUAUCUGACAUACCAGGGAGAUUACAAACUACCCGUUCGUGAUUAUGGACUGCCACCUGCACCAGACUAUGGCGCAGAGGAUGGGCAGAGGUACAGCCAGGCCCCCGGGAGUCCAGCAUCGUCUUUAUCAACUCCUCAACACCAUGUAUCCAACAGGAGAAUGGGCAUGAGACCACAGAGAGAUGCAAGAAGCAGGCACAGGAGUGUUGGAGGCCGUUCUGUGGGGGGACAGUCUCUCCCCCAUAGUGAACUGUCCCAGUCUGGUCUUGAUGACUACCUGGACAGACUGUUCAAUCCUGUCUUGUCAGAUGACAGCUCUGAUCUUGGUGAUGCAGCUGGUAUGGGAGUGCACAUGAAGGGAGGUGGACAGGCGCCUGCACCACCUGGAGCUGGAGGGACUACAGGAACAACCUCUACUACUCACAACAUGGCAGGGCAAAAUGUAGAUCUUACUGCAGCAAAUAGCAUGAUGGGAAUGCAACCAGGAGUAAUGGGAAUGGGACUCUUGCCAAGUAUGGGGCUAAUGCAAGGUGUGGGGAACCCAGCCUUGAUGCAGCAGGCCAUGCUUCAGCAGCAGGCUUACCUGGCACAACAGAUGAUGCUGCUUCAGCAGCAGCAGGCCUUGUUGUCCCAACAGUCUCAGCUUCCUGGACAGCAGGCUUCAGGCACCAGUCAGAGCAGCACAGGCAAAUCCCCAUCACUGUCUCCAACAGUGUCCAUUACAGAACAACUUCCAGAUGACAAUGGUGAAAUCCCGACUGCUGUACAGGAGCCUCCUGCAGCAGGUCCUGACUCUCCCUCCACAGGGCAUGAUGACAACACCGAGUCUGAGGAAGAAACUCGGCCUUAUGCCUUCUACACCAAGACAACUCCGAGAAUACGUGUGGGCAAUAUUGAAUGGCCGCCUGUUUCAGAGAAGCCGAUGAAGAAAAAGCAGCGUGAUGUUGGGAAACUGCUGAUUGACGACCACACUGCUGACUUGUUAAGCGGGUCACUUCAAACCAAACAGCCAGAGCAAGGACAGCAGCAAGAAGAGGAUGGAAUAGUCCAUGUGCGGAUUUCUUCAUCAGAAAACAAGAAGCCUACAAAAGAGUCUGCGCUGUCGGCUCACCUUCAGGCUAUAGACAAGCUAAAACAUGGAUCUCCUAAGAAAGUGUCCAUCAGCCCAGUAACAGCCUCUCCAGCUAAAAAGGAGCCUCGGCCUCAAACUACGUCAGGGAGGGAGAAAUCUUCAGCACCAGCCACACCUGCAGUGUCUGAACUAGCGGAACAGAAGAAGUCACCUGUGAAAACUGCCUCUUCAAUCCUUCCUGUUUCAUCUCCAAACAAACAUCCCAAAUUUGCACUGAAGAAGAAGCCAGAUCCUCAUCAGGAGGCCAUGGAUAAGCUUAAGGAGGUUAAAAAGAAGCUCCCCUCUUCUGUGGACACUCCAGCUGCCCCAACCAGUAACCCUCCUUCAGUACCAAAGCCAGUCACGACAAGAGAAGAGCAGCCAGAAGACAUGAAGGAAGAAAAUACGUUGGAAAGUGAAGAUCCCCACAGAGCAGCUUUGGCAAAGAUUGGAGGCGUUAUCAUCAAAAGGGCACAGUCCUCGUCCCCAACACGCAGUGCUGGACCAGCAGACUCUGGCGGAACACUGGUGUCCUCAGACUCAGAUUCAGAUGCCGUAUCUGAAAAGAGUCAAGACAUGAAGAUACACCAAGAGGCCCUCAGGAAGCUCAGCCAAAAAACAGGCAGGCCAGUGCUUCCUCAGAAUCACCCAACUAGUAAUGCAGAGGCCCAGGGACGUCAGGGAGAAGCACCACAAGAGACACCUGAUGUCGUAUCUCAAGAUGGUUUUCCCCGGUCAGGACAAACUAAGACAGAACUCUACCCUCCCAGUCCUGGGCCUUACUAUACCUACACCAGAGUGCACUGGAACCUGUGUGUCAGGAAGGAGGUUUUUAAUCCCAUGGAGAAGCUGGAGAACCCGACAGCUCUCAACCUUGUGUUUGCGCAGGUGGUCCAUGAUGUGUCCAGGAUAAACAGCUGCCUUAGGAUGACCAUUGAGGAGAGCAGCAAGCUGCAAACCAUAUUUGAUGAACAUGGCAUCACACCAUCCAAUCUCUCACAGACUGCAAUGACCAAGAAGAGAGUAGUGGACAUAGCACGAGACUUUCCCACCUAUUUCUGCAGAGUCUUCCCUGUAUCGGGUGACAGGGCAAACCCAGAGGUCCAGAUGCUGGGCGUGUCUCACUCUGGAGUCAGGUUCAUGAGGAGGGAUGCAGAGAGUGCAUUUAAAGACUACCUUCAUGUGUUAAGGGAGUUCAGGUUCAAGGACAUUCGAUCAGUUGAGGUGGAGCCCAGGACUGUUCUGCACAUCAACCUACACAGUGGAAACAGGAUUCCCCUGUAUACACCAAGGGCUAAACAAAUUCAGGAUAUGAUUAGAAAAUGGAUCAAGGAUCUUGAAAAAGAGUCCAACUAUGUUCGUGCCACUAGAAGCUAUGUCACCCGGGAUGUUCCCAGGAAAGAACAAGAAGAGAAGCUGUUGAGUUUCCAGUCAGGUGAUGUCAUUAAGCUGUUGAAGGAACUACGGGAGGAUAUCCAUGAAGACGAUGGUAAAGCAAAAGCUGACAGGUCCCUGUCAGCUUUACCAGAACAGCUGGAUGGGUCUGAAAACACCCGGUCAGACUGGAUGUUGGGGGAGGUGAAAGGAGACAAAGGCUACUUCCCCAAGGACUAUGUGCAGCCGGUCGCACACAGGUCACCUCGCUCAUCUGUGUCUGAUCCAGAUAGGACCAGCCAGGCUGCAACUGACACAAGGAGUGAGUUUGCUUCCCUGCCUGUGGGGACAUCUCCUAUGAUGGAAUAUGCAGGGAAAUACUUCAGGGAGUCAACAACCAGGUCUUUGACAGAGGAGGAGAAACUAGAGCUUGUGCAAUUCACAAAGUCUCCACUGGAAAAGCCACUGUUGCCUCUGGACAGAGAGUUUGACCAGUGCUGCACUGACAACUUUGUUUGUGAGUAG